CGGGGAUGUCGACUUCCGGGACGUUCAUGCGACGUCUACUCUUCUCUACUCUUACGUUACGUGCGUAGACGCUUCCUCAUCUGGACUAGCAGCAAACAGGAACAGACAAGAUGUUGGUUUUGGUGUUAGGUGACCUGCACAUUCCCCACCGGUGCAACACUUUGCCAGCCAAGUUCAAGAAGCUGUUGGUCCCGGGGAAGAUCCAGCACAUUCUCUGCACCGGGAACCUUUGCACCAAGGAGAGUUAUGACUACCUGAAAACCCUUGCUGGAGAUGUUCACAUAGUGCGGGGAGACUUCGAUGAGAACCUGAACUACCCUGAGCAGAAGGUGGUGACAGUGGGCCAGUUCAAAAUUGGCCUCAUCCACGGCCACCAGGUCAUCCCCUGGGGCGACAUGGCCAGCCUGGCGCUGCUCCAGAGACAGCUGGAUGUCGACAUCCUCAUCUCGGGACACACACACAAGUUUGAGGCUUUUGAGAAUGAGAACAAGUUUUACAUCAACCCCGGCUCUGCUACCGGGGCCUACAAUGCACUGGAAAGAAACAUUAUCCCCUCCUUUGUACUAAUGGACAUUCAAGCAUCUACAGUGGUGACGUAUGUUUAUCAACUGAUCGGCGAUGACGUCAAGGUGGAGAGAAUUGAGUAUAAGAAAUCAUAAAGGAGGUGUUGGGAGGAGGAGGAAUGGCACAAGAGUUAUGUUAACGAGGCUCAGCGUACUGUUUCAUUCAUGUCCACCAGGGGGCAGCAGCUCCCACAGUUCACAGUGUUGAUGCUAUAGCAAGCUGUUCAUGAACUGAACUCUAAAAUUCUUGUGUAUCGUUUUUAUGUCAUCUGCAUUUGUAAGCAAGCUGUCAUUAAAGAAUACAAUAAUGUCAUAUGUUUUACUAUAAAAAAAAUUGACUUUUUUUCUGUGAUUUUCAUUUUUAUUCUUAUUAAAUCCUGUACAGGUGACCAGCACACCUUUAGCUUUCUGUAAAUUGCCUUAUUCAUUCACUUCCACAAUAAAGAUGGAGCUUCCCUCCA